UAUAUACUGAAACCAACCCGAAUCAAUUCUCUCUCAUCGCACCCAAAAAAAUCUCGUAAUUCUAGGGUUAGGGUUUUCUUCUUCUCUUCAACAAUGGCGCUUGAAGAUCGAUCUCGAGGUGUUGUACGAUGGUUCAGCGAUAGCAAGGGUUAUGGCUUCAUUACUCCUGAGGAUGAAGGUGAAGAGCUUUUCGUUCAUCAUUCUUCGAUCAAAUCUGAAGGUUAUCGUACUUUAACUGAAGGUGCAACCGUCGAAUUCACCUUCGCUGUUGGCUCUGAUAACAAGCCGAAAGCCGUCGAUGUUACUGGACCUGACGGUGCUUCCAUCGUUCCUCCUUCCUCCGGUGGUCGCCGAUCAAACGGCGGCGGCGGCGGUGGUGGAGGUGGUGGUUUUAAUGGCGGUUGGCAGAGAAACAGCAAUUCUGAUGGUGGAAGGUGUUACAAUUGUGGUGGACCUGGUCAUCUUGCUCGUGAUUGUCAACAGAAUUACGGUGGUGGAUACGGUGGUGGUGGUGGUGGGAAUUGCUACAAUUGUGGACGACCCGGGCAUUUCGCCCGAGAAUGCCGAGGCGGAAGUGGCAGUGGAGGAGGUGGUGGUGGUGAUGGGGCGUGUUUUAAUUGUGGCGGGUUCGGACACAUGGCUCGGGAUUGUCGUCAGGAGAGUGCCAGGUCUGUCGGGAGAUCGGGCGGCGGCGGUGGUGGUAAUUGCUAUAGUUGUGGGAAACCAGGGCAUAUUGCUAGGGAAUGCACUAACGCGGAUUAGAGAAACGUACAGUGUUAUCUCUUCUCUUGAUUUAGUCUCUAGUUUCGUAUAAAAAAUACUUAUAUCUACUAUCAUAAUUUUUUGUUAUGUUAUGCUAUGCUAGUAUUGUUUUCCCCCUGUUUUUCGGUUGGUUAUACAUAGGAUAACUUUGAGUGGGAAAAUGUUGAUAUCCUAGUUACUAGAGUUUUCGAUGACAUUAAUGUUUUGCGGGUUGUUUGCGGAUGGUAUACAUAAUCUUUUGGUUAUUUCA